AUUCUUCAUUUUUGGAUUAAUGAAUCUUCUUAUUGAGUAAAUUUCCCCUCUUUUUUCUCUCUCCUCUGCAAAUAAUUUUCCCAAAUUAUCAAAUAUAUUUCACUUUCCACCCUUCUUCUUCGACGACUAAUCAUCACUGUCGGCAUCAACUUCACCAGCUUCUCCUCCUCUUUCUCUCUCCUCCAUUGAUACAAACCUUCACUUCAACGAUUCAGUGAUUGAAUUGGAGAGAGAUGGCGAAUCGGAAAGAAGAUGAGAAGAAUGAGAAGAUUAUACGAGGUCUUCUGAAGCAACCUGGAAAUCGCAAGUGUAUUAAUUGCAAUACUUUGGGUCCCCAAUAUGUUUGCAUCACUUUCUCGACAUUUGUUUGCACUACUUGUGGUGGGAUUCACCGUGAAUUCACACACCGAGUAAAGUCAGUAUCAAUGGCCAAAUUUACACCGCAAGAAAUUGCUGCACUUCAAGCUGGAGGAAAUGAGCGGGCAAAGGAAAUACACUUCAAAGAAUGGGACACUCAGCGGCAAACUGCUCCUGAUAGCAGCAACGUGGACAGACUUCGGGACUUUAUCAAGCAUGUGUAUGUGGAUAGGAGAUAUAGUGGUGAAAGGGGCAGUGACAGACCUCCUCGUGGAAAACUGGGUGACAAAGAAGAACCAAAUGAAAAUAGGAGAUCGGAUGCAUAUCAGAGUGGAUCUCGAAGCCCACCAUACGAUGAUAGAUAUGAACGCCGUUCUAGUGGCAGGUCAAGUCCUGGCUAUGAUGCAAGAAGUCCAGGAUAUGAUCAAGACAACCAGAGGCACAGUGACUAUGGGAGAAGUCCUGUCCGCCCUGGGAUUAUCAAUAAUUGGCGACGGGAAGACAGGUUUUCCAAUGGGAGGAAAUCUGAUGAUCGUCAUAGUUCUGAUGGGGAGGGUAAGCCUGAAAUCAAGUCGUCUGAUAGCCAAAAGGAUUCUGUUGUCCCCAGCCUUCCUGUUGUACGGCUUGUUGGGGAGAUAUUGGGGGAUAAUGUUGUACCUCUUCGCAUUAGUGAGCCUCCAAGAGCCAAUAGCGGCAGGGUUGUUGAUGGCCCUAAAAUUACCCAGAGAACUGCCUCUUCUAGUAGUUUGGCAUCCAGCAAUGGAAAUCCCGUAGAACCUAAAAAGGAAACAUCAUUGAUUGAUUUUGAUGCUGAGCCAGAACCGCCCGUGACUGCUGCUGCAACACAAGCUCAGCUAUCAACUGCUGAUCAAUCGGUUGUCCAGCCAACAAGUACUCAAAAUGAUAAUGAUUGGGCUUGUUUCGACAGUGCUCCGGUGGAUAAGGUGUCUCAAGCACCUCAAAGUACGAAUCCACUGGACUCUCUUACGUUGUUGUCGGUUCCAAUUCCUGGCCAUUCAUCUGGAUCCACUAGUAGCAAUGCUGCUCCCAUGCCUUCAAAUGGCGUGUUCCCAUCAUCGACUAGUGGCGAUUUGCUUUUUGCUUCUGUGGGUAGUACACCAACAGAUGCAUUCCCUGGGGCUGCUCCUGCAUCCUCACCAUUGACCACUUUGUCAUCUUUCCCAUCUGGAGGUGCUGUGGCUGGUUCUAACUUGCCACCAACAUUGCCCUCAAAUGGUGGUAAUUAUCAGCAGUAUGGGAUACAGCAUCAGCAACAGGCUUUCACCCAUAAUGCUGGAGGUCAGCCUGCUGCAGCACAAUUGGCUUCAGGUUUUCCUAAUGGUUUUAGUAGUCAGGGUGUGGCUGGCAAUCGUGCUGCACAACCUUCUCAAGUUAUUGCAACUCUUCAGUCACAAACAGUUGAAGUUAAACCCAAUGAUAGAAGAGAACUUCCUGCGGAUCUCUUUACUGCUACAUACUCGUUUGCACCUUAUCAAGCUCCUGGUUGGCGACCUGGUGUCAGUGGUAUGUAUCCUGGCAUGCAAUAUCCGAUGCAGUAUAACCCAGCAAUGUCUAUGCCAACAUUUCCGCAGCCAACAUUUCCGCAGCAAACAUUUCCGCAGCCAAACAAAUCAUCUAAUCCUUUUGAUGCUGAAGGAUCUUCUGGGCAACCUGCAGCGUUCCCUUCUAUGUCAACUUUGCAUGCUGCUCUUCCCAAUGCAGCGGCUCCAGGAGGCGUAGUGCAUCCUUCCAACAUCGGUACUGCUAUGCCUUAUGGAUCAGCCAUGCCAGGUGCUAAUUCGAUUCCUCCUCAGACGUCAACAGUGCAUCCAGCUGCACCAUCUCUCGGAUCAGCCAUGCCAGGCGGAACAUACAUGGGCCAGCAAUUACCCCCUAACAUGGCAUCAUCCAGGCCUCAGGGAUUUGGUAGCUUUGGUAAUGAAGUUCCUGCUUUUGCCUCAUUGAAUCCGGCUGCUGCCAUGCCAAACCCUUCCCUUGGUGGGAACCCAUUUGGCUGAAAAGCAAAAACCCGUCUUGCUGCACCCCCUUAAACAAUUCUUUUGUGGCAACGCUAAGUCCUUGUGUAGAGUAGAUACAUCAAUACUCCACCUCAAAUAGGAAGUUUUGAGGUCUUGGGGCGUAGGUUCAUUUGCCUUGUUCCCAUGUAAAGAUAUUUUGCACCUGUAUGUAGAAUACAUCCAGAGAAUAUGAAGAGACAAAGAGUAAAUCUUGUGAUUUAAAAGAAGCAUGAAAGACUGCGGAAUUGCCAUAUUUACCAUUUUUGGAGUCUCGUUCAUUUAGAUGAUGGAUUAGCCUUUGGCAAUUGCUCUAAGCUUCUGCACUCUAAGUUGUAACAAUUUUUUUUUAAUCUUAUUGUAACCUAGUUUGGAGUCUACUGCUUUUAUACCGGUAAGCGGCAUCCAUUUGUGAAAAAUAUAUUUUAGUUGGCUUGUUAGAACUCUUUUUGUAUCCCUUUUAAAUUUUUUAUUUUUUUUUUCCAAUUUAUUUAUGUGAAUAUAGAUGUUUUGUUUGAAUAAAUAUCUUGCAUAUCAUUAUAUGAGACUUUCUGGUUGUGUUC